AUGAACGGGAAAACGCUUGAUCUUGAACAGAGUCAACAUUCAGAUAGUGAACUCACAGACUCUAAUGUAGUGGACUGGGACGGCCCCAAUGACCCUCACAAUCCACGCAACUGGCCCGUCUGGAGACGGGCUAUGCUCGUCGGGAUAAUCGCAAGUGUUGUCUUCUCGACAUCUAUCGCAUCAUCAGCCAUCGCCCCAGCCGUACCCCAAAUAAUGUCCGAAUUCCACUCCAGUAACGAAGAAAUCGGAACCCUAGUCGUAACCAUCGAGCUACUAGGCAACGGAAUUGGCCCACUCUUCAUGGGCCCGAUGUCCGAACUCAUCGGCCGUCGAACGAUCUACAACGGUGCCAAUCUCGGCUUCAGUGCCUUCUCGAUCGGAUGUGCCCUCACCCCGUCCCUAGGCGGAUUAGUCGUGAUGCGCUUCCUGCAGGGCUUUUUCGCCUCCUGUUCUAUCAACAACGCUGGCGGCACGAUCUCGGAUCUGGUAUCGAUUCAUCAUCGCGGCUUUGCUAUGUCGAUGUAUUCGGCGGGCUUUUUGCUGGGGCCGGCAGUCGGUCCGGUUGCGGGGAGUUUUUUGGCAGCUGCGAAGGGGUGGAGGUGGGUUUUUUGGUUGUUGCUUAUUUUGAAUGGCACGAUCGGAAUCAUCUGCGCUCUCGCAUACCCGGAGACCUACGCGCCCGUCAUCCUAGAGCGAAAAGCGAAGACACUCCGCAAGAAGACUGGAAAUGUGGGAUUAUACGCCAAAGGCCAUCAACAAAUACCCCUGCGCACGGCUUUCCAGCGAGCGAUCAGUCGUCCCAUCAAGAUGCUGCUCUUCUGUCCCGUUGUCACCGGGUUAGCCGUGUACAAUGCCGUGGUAUACGGCUUCACGUACCUCCUUUUCUCCACCUUUUCUGUUGUAUUUGAAGACCAAUACCGUUACAGCGAAGGAAGGCUCGGCCUCGUGUAUCUGGGCCUCGCAAUCGGGUUUCUGAUCUCGUUGAGUAUUGCGAGCGUGGUGAAUGAUCGGACUCAUGCGAGGUUGAGUAGGAAGCAUGGGGUUGCGAAGCCGGAGUACCGUCUCGACUCAUUAAUGUACGGCGCCAUUGCAAUCCCCAUCGGCUAUUUCAUCUACGGAUGGACAGCCGAAAAGGACGUCGACAGUGCUGUUCCGAUUGUUGCGACGGGGUUGGUGGGCUUUGGAGUUAUGUUUACUUUUAUACCCUACAAUGUGUACAUGAUUGACGCAUACACCAAGUACGCGGCAAGUGCCAUUGCCGCUGGGAAUAUACUACGGAGUCUUUCGGCAGCUCUACUACCCAUGGCUGGAAUCCCGUUGUAUGAUCAUCUAGGAUAUGGAUGGGGGAACUCUCUCUUGGCGUUCGUGUCGCUGGGACUAGGUGUGAUGUGUUUAUUUUUCCGGAAGUAUGGGGAGGAGUGGCGGCAGAGGUUCUCAGUGCAGUUCGAUUAA